CAUGUCACUUCUUUGGUCAGGCCUGGGUCCAUGACGCUGCAAGGAUUCGUUGGCUGACAGGUAGUCGAUGUGCACGGUCGCCGUCUCGCCCGCAGGCACGCCGGUCGUUCUCAUGGCAUCGUGUCCAACAUCGGUCCGCUCCGCAUCGCAAUCCAUACACCAAGCGGGCAAUGUCUAGACCCCCGUCCAGCAACGAUGACAUGCGUUGUCAAUGUAACUCCGUCGCGGCGUUUCGUGUGUCUCAUUAUUCGAAACUCCCCGAGAAAGGUGGCGGCCGCGAAUCCGCCCCAGCGAUGGAUAUAUCACGCAUCAGCCAGCUCGGAAAGCUCUUUAGGAAGAAGAAAGGUUUGGACCUACGGCCGCAGUCUGUAUACGACCUGCAAAAAUUCCGCGAUACGUACCUCGCAGCUGCAGCACGGCGCCAUGUAUCCCCGCCCCCUUGCAUCGACAAGAUGAUUUACAAAGCCAUCUCGACGCAAAAAGACAUCACGACGAUGGAUUUUCGAGAAGAGCGCAUCACGGACGACCACGUGCUCGCCCUCGUCGAGACGUUGCUCGCGAUGCCCCUGGUGUCUUCGCUCGACUUGCGUGACAAUAUGAUCACUGAAAAGGGCGUGCGCGGCAUCCUCGAGCUCAUGCGCCACCAAUUGGUCCUGGUCAAGGGAGCGCCAGGGUCGCCACCUGCGUCGCCACUUCACGAUCCGCUUCCAGAUCACACUCGUUUUCUGACGAGUGUGCAGCUCAAAGGCAACGACGUGCCGGACGCACUCGUCCAGCAAAUUCGUCAGUACAUGACCGUGCUGAGUCGUGAAGACAAGAGACUCGAAAUUCAAGCCGUGCUCGUCCAAAUCGACUACAACGAAUCGGGGGGAGUGGACGAGGGCGAGCUCCGUGUGGCGCUCAAACUUUGCGGUGGCGAAGAGCCCACGAAGAAAGAUCUGGCGUACUUUUCUGACCAGCUGAACGCCAUGACGUGGCAAGCGGACGGUGGCUUCAACGCCCGGUCGUGCCUCGAGACCCUACUCCUGGCCAAGUAUGCCAAGUCGCCGUCCAAGAAAGACACGGCGGGGAUGCCGCCGUGGGAUUCCCUCGUCCAGAUCCGACACGCCGAGCUGGUGAAACCCAACGGCCCACCGAUCGAGACGUCCGUAGCUCGAACUGCGCCGUCGAAACCGGAGAGUCCUGUUGAAGCAAGUUCGCCAAAGCCUGCGGACGACCCGUCGUCUGCUGCGUCGAGUCCAGAAGUCCGACGCCGCAGUUCGCCAAACUUGAAGUCGCUGUUGCAAGAAACUAUCCUGACGGAUCGAGAGGACGAAGAUGGAAUACCAAUGGAUACAAAAGACGUUUUGCACGACGAGCCAGUUGUGGACGACGGCCCAUGCGCCCCAUUUGAGGACAAUGCGCUGGAGGUGGGAGGCGCAUCCGUCGACGGCGGCGAGGUCGCUUGCUACGACGAUGAAGAGCAGCUUGAGACAAACGAUGCAACUCCCGUCGAUCAAGAGAAGUUUGAGGAGAAACGAAACGAGGACUCUGUCGAGCAAUACGUGGACAAUCCUGUGGACUUUAUGGACGAUUCGACACCGGCCAAGUCAGUGGCGUUCGCUUUCGAUGACGAGCCAAACAGCUUGGUCGACACGGACGGCCCACUUGUGGUCACGGAAACUCCGUCGCAAGUUGCCGAGCAAGACGUGGAUGACAUGGUGCUGGCUGAAGAGUGUCUUGCGAGCGAUGUCGUCGUGCUGCAGCACACUCGGACGGCGGCGAAACUCAAGCACAACGAGAUCCGAACAGGGAUGUCGUUGUCGCGGGCAUUCGACUCGAUCGACUUUGUCAACGUCGUGGCGUUGAUAUUGUCGCACAACUUGCUCGAGUCGGUCGCGUUUUUGAGAGCGAUGGAGCCGAUGCGGGCACUGCGGGUGCUAGACCUGUCCAACAACGCGCUCGCGAAACUUUCUGCCACCGACAUGGUGGGCAUCCGCAACGUCGAGGUCCUCGAUUUGUCCAAGAAUCAAUUCAAGUCGAUUUGCGGCAUCGAGCACAUGACGAGGCUGCGAGCGUUGAGUUUCGAAGGCAACAGCAUUCGUUGUGCCAAGAACCUCGAGUGUCUCGAGCGAUUGGAGAUUUUGAACCUGUCGCACAAUGCCAUCAUGGUGCCGCAGUCGCUUCGAUUGCUAUCGAUGAACAAGAACUUGACGCACCUGAACAUUGACGAAAACCCGGUCGUCAGUCAGGGACAACAUCGCAAGAACAGCGCGCACAUCCUCAACAUCAUCCCAACCCUGCGUUCGCUCGGGUGCAUCCACUUGGCAUCGCUGAUUGUCAAAGAUAAGAAGAAACUCCCGCCCGAAGGCGGACUGGCGUCGGCUUCCCCCAAGAAAUCCAUCUUUGACUUUCUCCAACACCCGCGGCCAUGGGUAGACUCUGCGUGCGACUUGCUCGGACUCGUCUGCGAUGCCCCUCGUGACGUGCUGGUGCCUCCAGCGCCAAAGGUGUCUCGCGCUCACCAAAAGAAUAAGGACGAACAGCGCAGCAAGGCCCCCGUGCAUCACGUGGCGCCGAAAGUCCCGCCCCCGAGCUCACCAAAACCCCCUACUGCCAAAUCGACCGUGUCGUUUUCCAGCCAACAGAAAAAAGCCAUUGCGCUCAGUACACCACGUCCGCUUGCUGCGAACGCCAAAGGACCGCCCUCCGUACUCUGUCAUCCUCCUCGACCGACUCGGGUUGUGACAGACGUGAAGGUGAACGUGGCUGCCGUCCCUUUGACAAAAAACUUUCUCCAACCGACUAAAGCAUCGCUGUACAACGUCGCCGAGCAGAAACAAGCUCGGGAGAAAGCCAAGGCAAAGAAAAAGAAACCACCCAACGCGCUGUACAAGCGCCUCAAACGACGAGAAAACCAACUUCGACACGUCGUGGCUACGUCCCCCGUCAAGCUCGUGCUGGCGGAGACCCAGAUCGUCGAGUCGCCUCCCCCAGCACCAACAAUCUGCAUCCUCAACCAUCCAACUGCACAGGUGAUGGACAUUCUCACGUCAUCGCCGGUCAGGCCAGGACCGAUCGCUGUCACAUCCACAGACAAGUUUUUGGCCCAGAUUCGCUUGAAUGAGUUUAUCACGUUGGUCACCGAAGCCCAUGUGACUGCCAGCACCGCUUUGGAUGUUCUCCUCGGGCUCUGCGAACGGUCUCGGGACAUGGGGCGAUUCACAACGUACACAGCUAAUUUGGAAUCGCUCGAUAUUUUCGCGGAUGUUGUGAUCUCUCCGUCGACACAAGCUGUGCUCGACACGGCCAUGGUGGAAUCGCCGACGCAACCGCUACCUAUCGUGGCCUUGCUUCACGAGCUACAACUCGUCAAACAAACGCUAAAGACCCUGGUGCACCAUGUGACUACCUCGACGGCAACGCUCGGGUCGACGGAACUGCGCAGCAUGUGCGCCACAAUUCGAGCGGGUCAGCUUGGCCAUCUUCUGCCGCAGUCCCUCCCAGUCCAUGACAAGACGGAUCCCCCACCGUCGAUCGAUCUGUCGAUACGUUCUUCACCGACAAUCGCAACGUCCCUCGAUUUGUUGUCACCGGUACACAGCGCGGAGGUCCUGGCUGAGAAGAGCCCCGUCGAUGCGGCGUUUGGCUUGGAUGAACGUGAGAAUGACGACGAUUUCCUCGCCGAUGCGGCGACUGUGCUGGCAUCACCGAACAAAACGGAAAUUUCACCUGUGGACGGUCCAGCAGCUGCACCAAAGGAAACAAUUCUUUCAGCCAUCCACGAUUCACUUGCAUGGAAUUCCGCCGACGACAGGACGUGUACAUUCGGUCCACUGCCUUCGCCGUCUACGGCGCUGGACGAUGGCGCUGCGACUGACGUUUUUACCUUCGAAGAUGACCCUUCUGUUGAAGAUACACUGGAGCAAGCACCGCCUACAGCUCCAUCCCACCGCUCAGAGAGUGAAGUUUCCGAUGCCAUUGAUCUGGACGGCGACGCAAUCCGUGCUCCUAGCCCCGCAUUGGACGACUCUGAAACACAAGUCGUUCAAGGCGAUGCUGCCGAGCCAACAACGGUGGAAGAGGAUCAAGCUGACGACGGCGAGGAGGCAGUCGACCCUGGCGACGCUGGCUUGGACGUCGACGACGGCGAUCGUUCAGUCGAAAUGGAUGGGAAUGCCGACAUUGAAGUGGAAUACGAAGAGGAAGACGACGAGGAAGAGGAGGCGCUGACGUUUGGAGAUUGGGAGCAAGGGUUCGAUGAAGCGUCGAAUCACCAUUAUUGGUUCAACAAUGUCACCGAGGAAAGUUCGUGGACGCCACCGGAAGGAUGGCCGCAUCCUUUGGUCGUGCAAGAGGUCGCGGCGGACCACGAUGGCGACGAGAUGGUUGACAAUGGCGAGGUAGCCGCUGCUGAAGAUGCCGAGGAGCCGGGCGAUGGAGCGGCUCACGACGAAGCCGACGAUGCGGAGAUGUCCCUCGAAGCGCGCAUUGCCAUGGCGCUGGGGGACGGCUCCACGUCUCCUGCUGGCGACAACGACGACGACGAUUUUGAUUUUGACGACGAUGCGUUGCCAGACUUGUAA